ACAGCGCGGGAUUUCCUUGAUUUUAUAUCGGCGUGACGUCACAAGCUGGAGGAAGUUGUUUGCUGUUGAUCAGUUACGUGACUGAAAUCCUGUCUAUUGAUUUUAUUUCCCUCCCUGAUCCAGGGAGCACGCGCUGCUAGAAGCUGUUAAUGAAACAGGUUCACUUCCGGUCUGAGGAGGCUGGGAUCAGAACCAGUCCAUGUUUGGACUCUUAUUUUCCUAAAACUCGGAGGUCAGCACACUUCCUGUUAUGUCUGGCUGUCGGGGGAGCGUGACACAGCCGCCACCCCUCGCCCCCUCCCAGACAGACGGUCUGCAGCAUCACACGGAGGCACACGCAGCUCAGCACAGCCCAGAGGAGCGCGCCGAGUCCCGUAGGGUCCAGCAGCUGUUCUCCAGCCUCCUGAAGGUCUGCAUCAGGAUCCGGAGGUUUUGUUGUUGUGAUUCGGUCUGGGGUUCCACAAGGCUCUGAUCCCGGUUCUUUGUUUGUUCAGGAACUUUUAGGCCCCGCCCCCUGCCCCACACUGAGCGGCCAUGUCGGUGCUCGGCUCCGCCCCCAGCAGCGCUGACGCCUGCCUCAGCAUCGUCCACAGCCUGAUGUGCCACCGGCAGGGCGGCGAGAACGAGGGUUUCGCCAAGCGCGCCAUCGAGAGCCUGGUGAAGAAACUGAAGGAGAAGAAGGACGAGCUGGACUCGCUCAUUACCGCCGUCACGUCCAACGGCGUCCAACCCAGCAAGUGCGUCACCAUCCAGAGGACGCUAGACGGCCGGCUGCAGGUAGCGGGCAGGAAGGGCUUCCCCCAUGUGAUUUACGCCCGACUAUGGCGCUGGCCUGACCUGCACAAGAACGAGCUGAAGCACGCCAAGUUCUGCCGCUUCGCCUUCGACCUCAAGUAUGACAGCGUGUGUGUGAACCCAUACCACUACGAGAGGGUGGCAGCGCCCGCCUGCACAGGUCCUCAGGCGGUGAUCAAGGAGGAGUUCCUGCAGGACUGCCUGCAGCUGGACCUGCCCGCCUCCUCUGACCCGUAUGCCCAGCCCCGCCCCCUCACCAUGUAUCCCAGCAUGCCUCUUUCUCCGCCAGGACGGACGUCCAUGAUACCCGCUGCCCUAGGCGCCGCCGAGGCUCCGGAAGACCCCGCCCUGCUGCAGGUGGCCCUGCCCCCUCAGCCAGAGGGCCGCACCUCACCCCCCCUGACCCCACAGGCCGCCACGCCGGCUUCCGCCCAGCAGAGCCCCGAGUACAGUGGGACGCCCACACCUGUCAGCUGGUCAGGUAACAGCCCUGCCCCCUACACACCUGCAGGACAUCAGCACAGUGGGCGGAGCCACACUCAGCAGACGCCGCUACAUCAUCACCAUCAACACACACCCAACACUCACUUCUGGUCGCAGCAUCACAGCAGUCCUCCGUACCCACAACCGGUCUCCAACCAUCCAGGUCCAGAGUUCUGGUGCUCCAUCUCCUACUUCGAGCUGGAUGUUCAGGUGGGGGAGAUGUUCAAGGUCCAGUCCAGCUGUCCCCUGGUGACGGUGGACGGCUACGUGGAUCCUUCAGGCGGGGAUCGGUUCUGUCUGGGACAGCUGAGCAAUGUCCACCGGACUGCAGCUAGCCACCGCGCCAGGCUCCAUAUUGGGCGGGGCGUCCAGCUCGAAUGUCGUGGGGAAGGGGACGUCUGGAUGCGUUGCCUUAGCGACCACUCCGUGUUCGUCCAGAGUUACUACCUGGACCGGGAGGCGGGCCGAGCGCCAGGUGACGGGGUUCACAAGAUCUACCCUGGAGCUUACAUCAAGGUGUUUGACCUACGCCAGUGCCACAGGCAGAUGCAGCAGCAGGCGGCAGCGGCGCAGACAGCAGCAGAGACGCAGGCGGCUGCGGUUGUUGGGGUGAUGCCAGGACCCCACAGCGUGGGAGGAAUCGCACCUGCACUCAGUGUGUGCUCUGCAGCAGGUCCAGGUGUAGAUGAUCUGCGCAGGCUGUGCAUCGUGAGGCUGAGCUUCGUCAAAGGCUGGGGGUGCGACUAUCCGAGGCAGAGCAUCAAGGACACCCCCUGCUGGAUGGAGGUGCACCUGCACCGGGCGCUGCAGCUGCUCGACCAGGUGCUGCACACGCUGCCACUUCGAGAGCACGCCCUCUGACCUGAACACACCUGACUACUGUCGUCCCCAACAACCUCCGUUCCUCUGAGAGACGUAGAGCUAUGGCUUUGUUUCCAUGGUAACAACAUCCAAGGGUCAGUCCAGGCAGAGAUCUGGGAUCAGAAUCAGGAAGACUGACUUCAGAUCAGCUGAAACCAAAAACCAGAAGUUCAUCUAUUUAUUUCUAUUGAUUAUCUACCAAAGAUUUGGUAAUUGAUCAUUUCCUGUUUAGGUUGUUUAUUCAACCAUGUUUUUUUUUUCUUUUUACAGUUUUUUAUCCCAUUUUAAAGUGUUUUCUACAGAAAGCUUCUAUAACUCUGUAGCUGCUGCUGUCUUUUCUCAUUACAAUAAACAUUCCUGUCUUUCA